AUGGCUCACUUCCCUUCCCUGGUUUGUGUGCUAGUCAUUUGCUUUUCUGCUUGUUUAGCAGGAGCUUCCAAUUUCUCGGCCCUGUAUCCUCCUCGGUGGACAGAGUCUCCUGGCAAGUUCAGUGACUAUAGGGUGGAGAAUAACAAGUACAUUAUUGAUCCCUGGAUAUAUACUGAAAGAAUGGGUAUGUAUAAAAUCCUGCUAAACCAGACAGCCAGAUAUUUUGAAAGAUUUGCACCAGAUAACGAACAGAACAUCUUAUGGGGCUUGACUCUACAGAAUGGCUGGCAAUACAGGACAGGCAGAUUAGCUGAUCCCACCCGCAGGACAAACUGUGGCUAUGCAUCUGGAGAUGACUUGUGCAUCUCUGUAAAUAGUUGGUGGGCUGAUUUAAAUUAUUUUCUGUGUGCGUUGCCCUUCCUUGCUGCGAUUGAUUCUGGCAUAAUGGGGGUAUCCCCAAAUGAAGUCCUGCUUUUGCCACCACCCACGGACCAGAUGAAGUUUUGUUAUGAUGUUUCUAGCUGUCGUUCUGCCUUCCUUGUGACAAUGAACAAGUGGAAUGCUUUUUACAAGUAUUUGCAAUCACCUUCUAGCAACUUUGAUGACCUGUUGAAGUACUUGUGGGAUGCACACACCUCAACCUUGGACAGUACAGAGAAAAGUUUUGAAGAUAGGUAUAGCUACUAUUAUAAACCAGAAGCUGAUUUUGAGAAAACUUGGUUGGUGACUGUGGAAUAUUUAGCUCCAACUCGCUUCCCUACAACCUUGAUUAAAGUUCAUGAGUUCCAGGAGGGCCUGCCACCACGAGGCCUUCUUCCUAAUGACACUGCCCCUUUCAUCAGUGACUUCACUAGUUUUCAGAACUUCUUCCUGUUUGCCCUUAAUAGUCUUUACGCUGUGGAUAAAUAUACAGGUUCAUUAUCUUUGACUGUAUGGAAAACUUUAAUGAAGUCAGAAAUUACGAGAAAGGAAACUUUACAAGUUUUUUACAAAUUUGUUGAAAUAUUUAAUUCAAUACCUGCGAAAUGAUUAAUAAAAAAUGAACAAUUCUAACUUGAUGACAACCAGUACUUUCACAAAGUUAAUGUGACUGUAAUCAUAUAACUUUAUUGUUUCUGGUGUGUUUCACUUAUGUUAGGAUUUUGCCCAUGCAUUCCUAAGUUCAAAUUAAUACUGUGAUUAUUUUACUUAACUAAUAAUCAUUUCUUUGAAUUAAUAAAUUAUUAAAAUUAUUAGAAUCUA